AUGAGUUUUGUCGACGAGAAAGACGCUUCCAAAGUGCGCCACGUCACAAUCGAACAUGACGCUCACCAUCGCAUUGUGAAGGAAGCUCAAGUUGCGUCCGUCGCCUUGACUGCGGCCAUCACGGCGCAAAAACCGUCGCUAUGGAGCAAGAACAUGAUCAAGCUCUAUCUGGUCAUGAGUGUGGGAUAUCUCGUGUCCACCAUGAACGGUUUCGAUGGCUCACUGAUGGGCGGGAUCAACGCCAUGAAAAGCUACCAGCACUCGUUCGGCCUCAGCGGCGCUGGAAGCUCGACCGGCAUCAUCUUCAUCAUUUACAAUCUCGCCCAGAUUGCUGCUGCGCCAUUCUGUGGUUUGCUUGCAGAUGGGUAUGGACGUCGCAUGUGCAUUUUCAUUGGAUGUGUGGUUGUCUUGAUUGGCACUGCCAUCGCCACCUCUGCAAACAGCAUUGGCCAAUUCAUCGCCGGACGCUUCAUCCUCGGCUUCGGAGCGACCUUCGCAGUAGCUGCUGCUCCGACAUACACUGUAGAGCUGGCCCAUCCAGCGUACAGAGGUACCAUGGCCGGGAUGUACAACAACUUUUGGUGGUUUGGAAACAUCAUAGCCGGUUGGACGACUUACGGAACGAAUCUGCACAUGCCUGAUAGCUCCUGGGCCUGGAGGACGCCUGUGCUUGUCCAAUGCGGCAUCCCUGCGAUCGUGAUGUGUCUGAUCUUUUUCUGUCCCGAGAGCCCACGAUGGCUGAUUCUGAAUGGCCGGAAGGAAGAAGCUGUAGCUGUGCUUGCAAAGUACCAUGGCGAUGGAGAUGCCUCCUCUCCUCUCGUUGAACUCCAAGUCCGCGAAAUCGUGGAAGACAUGGUCGAUUCCCGCGACACCAAUCCUUGGUGGGAUUACAGAGAGCUGCUCAACACGCGAGCUGCCCGCUACCGACUGUACAUGGUGAUAGCUAUGGCUUUCUUUGGUCAAUGGUCCGGUAAUAAUGUCGUCAGCUACUUCAUGCCAGAGAUGGUGAAAAAUGCAGGCAUUACGGAUCCAAACAAGCAGCUUCUGAUCAACGCCAUCAACCCAAUAUUCAGCAUGAUGGGCUCAAUUUAUGGUGCAACACUACUCGACAAGAUGGGUAGAAGAGCCAUGCUUCUUGCUGGCUUGGCUGGCGGGCUUGUGUCGUACAUUCUGCUGACCGCCUUCACUGCCGAAUCUGAGAGGCAUCCGAAUCUGGCCUAUGGAACCAUUGUCAGCAUCUACCUCUUUGGAAUAUGUUUCGGUUGGGGAUGGACACCGCUACAGACCCUGUACGCUGUCGAGUGUCUUGAGAAUCGUACUCGAGCGAAAGGCUCGGGACUGAAUUUCUUUUUCGGUAAUGCUGCGUUGGUCAUCAACACGUACGGCAUUUCUGUCGCUAUUGAGAAGAUUGGGUGGAAGUUGUACAUCGUGUACAUCUUCUGGAUUUGCUUCGAGAUGGCUAGCAUCUACUUCUUUUUCGUGGAGACAUCUGGCAAAACGCUCGAGGAGAUGAAGGGUAUCUUCGAGGCGCCGAACCCAAGGAAGGCUUCGACGAGGAAGACCACGGUCAAAUUUACCACGGACGGCCAGGUCUUGGAGGAUGAUUCUUAA